AUGAUAGCUAAUAUAACAUGUGAUAAAGAAUGGCGAGGUGAACAAGGUGCUUCAUUAUGUCCACUUAAAUCAAAAGACUACUUCGCCUCACCUGAAGUAAUUCUUGCUCACAACUGGGUAUUUUGUGAUGCUUGUAGAGAUGCGAGAAUUUUGGAGAAAACAAAAGGACAAGAUCUGAUUUUCAGUAAUCGAGUACCAUCAUGGAUACAACAUGAACAAGGAAUGGUAGAAGAAAAUUUUGUGGAAGACAAGUUAAAAAUAAAGAGAAAUAAGAAAAAAUAUCAAAAAAAGAAACGUGAAAUAGAUGAAGAACUACGGCGAAUGAAAGAUAAGCCUUUACCUGACAAAAAAGCUUUACAUGUUUUAGUGAAGAGUGGACUUAGCAAAUCCGAUGCACUUUCAAAGUUCGUCGAUGAAAAACGAGAAAAAGCGAAAAAAAUUAAAAAAUCUGAAGUGGAAACGCAAAAAAAGACUGCUCGAGACCAUAUGCCAUGGGCACCACAUAUACAUCCAUUGUUAAAAAAUAAGGUUUCUGUACUUAAUCGACUUGUUGAUCAUCAGCGUUAUGUUGCUAUUGCUUCCAAUUUUUUAAAUCCAGAGCCACUGCUUCGUUAUCAACAUAAUAGAAAAGAAUUGCAGAUGAUGGAUAAUAAAUUAUUAGAUGAGAGAAGAGAAUAUCAGAAAAUAGUAUCGGAUUAUGUGUUAAAAAAGAAGCAAACACUUUUUUCUUGUAGUGAUAAGGCAGUUCAUUACGUAUUGCAAAGAUUGAACAAACGCCGAGAUUCAGUCAUUGGCAGAUACGGAAAUGCAAUCUAUACGAUCAGCAGUGAGAAUAUUAGAAAUAAUUUUCGAGCUACUUCAGUUCCUGAACUUGUACAAAUUUUCCAUUAUGGACAUGUUCCAAAAGUAAAUUUUCCAAAUGAACGAAAACGAUUUGCGUUCUCUAACAAUGUCGAUGAAAUUAAUGAACUAUUUCAAAUUCGAGAAUGUGAGGAAUUCCCAUUGGAGAAAGAUGAAUUAGCGAUAACUUUGGUAAUGAAACAAGAUCUAGCAUGUGUAAUGUGCGCUAGUAGUGCUGUUGCAUUAAUGCACAAGCCGUUUUUAACUGAUUCAUCCAAUAUGUUAAUUCCGAUCACCGUAUUAGAGCGAUUCGACGAUGGAUAUAGAAAAAAGAUUUGCGUUGUUGGGAAACCUUAUCCAGAAUCUCCGAUAAAUCAUCCAACUGUAUGGCGUCGAUUUUUAAAAUAUUCUGUCAAAGCAGCAAUUUAUCCUAAGUUUGAAUCUUGCAAUGUGAUUUCAUCUCAGUGUGCUCAAUCAGAGUUUAAAAACCAAAUAGCUACUGCCAAAUGCGGAAGGUUUGAAUCAAACGGUAAAGAAGAACCAAGUUCAUUGAUGACUAAUUGUCAGAAUGAAGGCGAUAUAUUAUCUACAGUUAGCAUUAAGAAUUAUCAAAAUUAUCAAAACAACAAACAACAUGAAUCAGAAAACAUUUGCAAUGAUUUGCUGUCUGGGAUAAUGAGCGAUAUGAAUGCGGCAACCCCUAGUUUAAUAUAUGGAGAUAAUAGUGUUAUCUAUGAUAGAAAUAUAAAAGAAUUGGAAGGAGUCGACUUGCAAAAACGCUAUAGUAAAUUUUCCAUCGGUGGAGAAUUCAUUUUAAUUAGAUCCAAUAACGAUGGUGUCGAUUCAACGGGAAAUAGUCUUGCCAUUACACAGCGAGCAGAAUAUGCAGCAGAAUUUGGUGCAGAACGCUUGGACGAGGAAGAAUGGCUUCGAGAUUAUUUUAAAUGCAAAUUUAAAGGCGCAUCACAACUUAUUCGCUUAAGGAUUCAUAGUAAAGAACUUCAUUUUCUUCAAAAGGAACGGUAUAGUGAGAGAAAUUUGACGAUAAAUCGUGAUGAUCGACGUCGAUUGAUUGAAGAGCGUACAUAUCGUUUAGAAGUUCUUUUAACAUAUUUGAAGCUUCUGGAAUCUGGAUCAUAUCUGCUUCGCACUACUGACAAUGGCAAUAUGCAUAUCCUUCCGAAAUUGCGACACCUUUCGGAUGAGUCAAUAUUUUCUGGAUUGUUUUAA